CUCCUGAGUUCUUGCUAGAGAACGCGUCGCGUUUGUGUCUGAUUUGUGACCGAAAAAGGAGUUAUGCGUAAACAUAGCAAUAGCUGCUAAGACCAAAAAUGUUGCGUCACCUCGUCGAUAGUGCCGACUUUUCCAGCGAUUUUGGCGCCCUGGGGCCUUCGUCCGCGAGCAGGACUACGUCUUCUGCUGCAGCAAGCCUUGGUAAUGCGGAACAUGAUGAAGAUACCUGGGAUCAUUGGACUUGGAAUCGACCUUCAAGACGACACUGUUCCACUACAUCGUUUACGGUUUUUCCGUUGAAGAUGCUCAAGAUAAAGCACACUUAUUCAGCACCCUCCAGUUUUACUUCGUCGUCCAUGGUAAAACGAAAAAAGAGCGGCGAGGGCGACCCCAGCUCCUUUUAUCUCCUUUCAGCCUUGUCAGUCUUGAAGCGUAUGAUUUUUCCUACCAGGUCUCACGCUGUCAUCACAAAAGGCUCUCUAUGUUAAGGCUUACAGUAAUUCAGUUCGUCAUGAAGCAUCCUAGCGUCAGUACGAAGGAACUCUCAAUCCAUUUGCUGCAACGGACUAGCUGUAUGUACUUUGACCUUGAGCUUGAAUGUAAGGAGCUCUCAGUCUAAGCAAUGCCUAGGACUAGCAACCCCCACAACGCACUGCCUGAAUGUAACCCUCAAGGUCAACAGCAAUUCAUUUCCUCCUUGUAAUUCAUCUCAUCCUGGCGCUUUUCAAGGGGAAAAGGGCCCUGGGAUGAAUCUCAAGGUGAAUAAAAGUAAGCUCCUCUAAGUAUGUCCCGACCAGGUGUGUCGAAAUACUGUGGCUAACCUUGCUGGGGGACCGGAUAGCAGCAAAUUCGUUAUCGACGUAGCAGGUGUCCACUGGAAAUGUGGAGCGACGGACCUUCUUUAUGGACUUGUACUUAGACGAUGACGAGGCAGCUGGUGAACUCGUACGAUUAAACUCGUUCUUGUAGAUGAAUAGUGAGUAACUUCAUCUACUACCAAUCUUUCUACUAGAUCAUCAUGACCGCCUAGGAGGAGUAGGAUCAAAGACCUUUGUUUAGGGUUUAGGGUUUAGUCAAAUACAAAUUUUCCUUGUAGGAGUAGAUGUGAAGAUGUACACCCACUUCUAAUCCUUUCACGGCGCGAUGCGCGGCUCGAAAAACCCUUGGAUGUGCAUCGAACUAGAUUGCCGCGAUCAUCCUCAUGGGUUGUUAAAGUCCCUCUUUCGGCACGACGGCGAUUGCGGUGAACCUGAUACGAUUACCACGGUCGACGGCGCUCCAGUCGACAAUGCUCCUACGCAUGGUAGGGAAUAUCAACCAGUAGAAGAAGCCUUACACCAGACAUGUGUCGAAGAAUAGCGCUAGUACAUCAGACAUGUGUCGAAGAAUAGUGGAUGCUGCUUCACAUGGAAAUUUAGAUACGUAUCAUGAUCCCGCCGAUGGCCUAGUAGACUAAUGAAAACGUACUUCUACACUCUAAGAGGGAUGAAGAAGUGAGCAGAAGUUAUUUUUU